CAAGCGGGAGCAUCAUUGAUCUUGUCUACUACUUUCCGGUGAUGUAUGAGUACCUAAGUAAGUACUUACUUGACUGACUCAGACACUGCAUCUGCAUCCCGUCGACGACCUAAAAGCAGAGAUCCCCACCAGAUCCAGACGAUCUGGCUUUAGAAUUCUGAGGUAAAAUGUGAAUUUCAAUUUUCACUGUUCUUCGAGGAGUUCAAGUUCUGCUCGUCGUGCAAGCGAGCGCCAACGCAAAGGUUCUAAAAUUCCACUAUUGAAAAUGGAAAAGAGAAAUAUAACUCUGAAAAACUAAAUUACAGAUGCAAAUUUUCAUUUUUGUUUUUCUCCGAUUUUCACGUCUUGUUUAUGUGUUUCAUUCCUUCCAAAUCAAAUUUCAACUAUAUUUCCAUUUGGUUCAACAGGCGAGUGUGUUUCUAAGUCCUUUUCAUCCAUAGAGAUAAUUUCAUCUUGUGUCACCUUCAUGUAGCGAGUAUUUCCAAGGGACUUUUUUGUGUUUUGUCCUCUAGUUUUGAUUAUAUUCCCUGCUGAUGUACACCCAAAAGCAAAACUAAAAAGGAAGUUCGAAGAAAUCUAUAAAGCUGUGCAACGGAAUUCGAAGGCGCCCCCCCAAAAAAAACUGCAAAAAUGAUUCCCCCGCCGACCGCCGAGACUCCGCAUCCCAUCGCCAGCAACCCGUCCGUGUUGUCCACAGCCGCGGGAAGGAGAUCAGUCCGGCUGCCCCCGGAGGUGAACAGGAUAAUCUACGUCCGGAAUCUUCCCUACAAAAUCACUUCGGUAUCGACCGCAAAUAAUAUGUCUGGGUGGUCUGGGAGAUUGCUAGUACACUUGUCAUGAUGCAUUUCUGACAUGACAUAUACUCGAGCAUCUACUGUGAAGAUGCAUAUAUGGGCAUUAGAAUAUUAUUAAAGAGUCCUCUGACAACCUAUCAUGCAAAGUCGCAGGUUGCCAUGUCAACUUGUGGAAAAAUACGCAACAAGAUGAACACGAUGGGCAGCAGCUCAGAAAUUUGUCAUGCUUGGCUGCGUGUAAUGGCAGUCGCAGUGCGUCUAUCAUUCACUUUUAGCAUUACAAGUUUCAUCCAGGCAUCCAGAAAAAAUUUUUUUACUUGAUACACUGAUGAGCUGUACGACAUCUUCGGGAAAUUCGGGUCCAUAAGACAGAUCCGCAAAGGAAACACGCAGGAAACCAAGGGAACCGCUUUCGUAUGCAUUGCAAAAGUAUUCGAUACUUGUAGAAAUGCCUAUACAAAUAAUUUCCUCAGCAUGAGAAAGAAAAUUUGUAAUGCUGAUGUACCGUAAGAAAAAGAUUUGUGAUGCAUAGAUUGCAAUACGAGUACGAUACUUUUGCAGUUCAUAUUUCGUGGUCUACGACGAUAUUUACGAUGCGAAGCUGGCUUUGGACAGUUUGUCCGGGUUUAAUGUGGACGGAAGGUAUAAAGUAUCAAAUUCAAAUGCAAAAAUGUCUGGGUCUGGAAGAUUGUCAUGCUAGUCUGGCAUGACUCUGCACUCUGUAUUGCGCGGCCACCAAGAGGUCCUCUUGGCUGUCAUGCAAAAGCACAGUUUCUCAUGCGAAAUACGCAUCACAGAAGCACGAAAAAACUUGUCAUGCUUGCGGCGCAUCACAGAGCACUUAUUGUUCACGGACUUGCAGUUGCAUCACAAGUUUCCAGACCCAGACAUUUUUGCAGUUGAUAUAAAACACAGCCAUAUAAAUGAUCCUGCUAAAAUCUUCAUCUAUUUGCGUGCUGUGUAGUUAUAGUUUGUCAUGCAAAAAAUAAACAAGAUGAAUACCCUGGUGGUCCUAAGAGGCUUUUUUUUGAUGAAAAUGAAAAAUUGAACUAAAUCAUUGUCAACGACACUCUUCUUGAUGUGAUCUCCAGGUAUCUCGUCCUGCUCUACUACAACCAGCGAAACCGUCAUAUGGCGUUCUCAAGUCAGUUACAUUCUCAACUGUUACAUGAAAUUUGUAAUGCAAGAACCGCAAAAGUGAAAGGGAAAAGCUUACGCGCCUUUGCAUUACAGGUUCGGCACAAGUUUAGAUGCUCUCAUUUAGCCCUUCGGAAAUUUGUCAUGCGAAGCAGCUUGAUGAUAGUGAUACUGAUGAGAGUUUUGCAUGACAAAUUCAUGGAACAGCUGAGAAGGUAACCGAUUUGAGAGCCCCAUACGCCAGAAAAAGGCGGAUAUCCAGGCAAAAUUGGAGGAAAACGAAUUGUAUCCUGUGCAAAAGUAGCGUACUAGUAUAAAUCGCAUUACAAAUCAGCUCAGCAUUACAAAUCAAAUCUGUAAUGCUGUUUUACCUUCGGAGAGAGAUUUGUCAUGCAUAACAGCAAUUACUACGAGUACGAUGCUUUUGCAGUUCAUAAAUUGUUGAAGAAAAUGUACGGGGUGAAAACAGACCAGGAGGAGCAAAAACAAGCGGGAACGACUAUGCUGAGUAAAAACGUCCCCACCCCAGAGUUGUCAUGCAGAUUUGCAGUUACAGGAAGAUUUGUAAUGCGCAUCCCCACGAGAGGCGUUUCCAGUCGUGUUUUGGACUUUGUGUAAUCCUGAUGUGAACAGUAACAGGAUGACUAGAUGGAUUUGUGUUGCGGCUGUGCUUGAAAAACUGCACUACACUACAGAGAGGAACUUGUCAUGCUUGCCUCCCAAAACUUAUCGAUUUGUGCUGCGAGAUCUCCGUCUUGACUAUGGGGUGGGGACGUUUUUACUCAGGAUAACGACGUCAAAGAAGUAGGACGCGACAGCUUCCGUAUGAUGAUGACAUGUCGUGUAAAUACUUACUUCUUCUAUUGGCACCGCAUUCACAAUCACAUCUGGUACAACAUCUGCGUCCUGUGUCAACAGCAGCACAACCCUGGCGGAAAGGUCGUGGAGAACCCGCACCUUUCAACGCCCUGAAACCGUCAGCACGCCGGUUUGCGCCGCACGCUCCUGAUAUGAAACAAAAAGGACAACUUGUAAUUACCCCUACAACAAAAAAAGCUUGAGCUUCACACGCUUCUCGACCUGAUGACCCUGUAUAUCCAAG